CUUGUCAUUGUUCUGAGAUUAUCGAAAUACAAACUUGUCAGUGUCAGUGAGAAAUGAUCGAAAAAUACAAAAUAACCACAAAAUAAUAUUUAUUAAAGUAUGGUGUUACUUAAUUAAUAUAUAAAUUUGCAACAUGUCGACAGAAGAAUCAUUUUCGCAAGGAUCUGCUCGGGCUAUAAUUUCGUUUUUGAAAUCGAAUGUGCCAAAAUCCAAUAUUGAAAAUGUCGAAGGGGACUUAAAGGCAAAUUUUGGGCUUGCUAAGAAAAGAAGUUCUACAAAGAUACGAAAACCUAAGAAGAAAAAAGUACGCUGUUUGACUAGAAUACAGAAGAAAGCAUUAGGUUUCUAUAAUAUACCUAAGGACAGCCUGCGGUAUAUUGAUAUACUGCCACUGAAUAAACUUUGGACUGAUUAUAUUUGUGAAGUUUUAGAAAUAAAAGAUUCUAUACCAGAGCGUAACAGCAAGAACUGGGAAUCGUUCACGCAAACGUUCUAUAAAGCAGAUCUACAUGGUGCCUAUAUGAGAGUGGUGGAGUCAAAGUGUCCAAGCUAUGUUUUUAAAAAAGGAAUAUGUAUUAUGGACACAAAAAACACGUUUAAAAUACUGUCAGAAGAAAACAUAGUGACGACUUUGCCUAAAAAAGAGUGUGUUUUUGAAAUAAGUUUAAAAGACUGGAAGUUAACUUUGUUUGGAAAACACUUCUGUUCAAAGCCAGCUGAUCGGAGCAAUAAGAAGAUGAAAAAUUACUUAUAUCCUGAAUUAUAAGUUUUAAGGAACAAAA